CGCGACUACACGUUCACGCGGGUCUUCGACGACGCGGCGACGCAGGCGGACGUCUACGAGGCGACGACGGCGCCCCUCGUCGACGCGCUCUUCGCCGGGCGGAGCGCGCUGCUCUUCACCUACGGCGUGACGAACGCGGGCAAGUCGUACACGAUGAUGGGCGACCCCGAGGACGAGGCCGCGCGGGGCCUCAUGCCGCGCGCGCUGAACCUCAUCCUCGAGAGGGCCGAGGCCCUCGGCGGCGAGGUGAAGCUCAGCUUCAUGGAGAUCUACAACGAGAACGUCUACGACCUCAUGGACAAG